AUGUCGUCUACCACUAUGGCAAAGAAGAACAAGGGCAAGAAAGCGGCCGACCCCAGCGAGACAUCUAAACUGCUGGCCGCCAAAAUCUCCCAGCUGGAGCAAGAUGCCGCGGGUGAGAAGGACCAAGAGGCGGAAAUUGAGCGCGAGGUCAAAAAGGCAACGCGUGACCUCAAUCAGCUUUUGAACAACAUUGAGUCCCCUAUGACCCGUCUCGAGACCGUCCAUAAGAAGUAUACCGAACUCUUGGCGGAUAUGAAGAAGUUGGAUCGUGAUUAUUCAAAGAGCAAGAAGCGUGCCGAUCAAUUGCAGAAAGACCAAGACAAGGGCAAAUCCGAUCUCAGCAAAACCAUUACGAUGAAGGAUAAACUUGAAAAGUUGUGUCGAGAACUUACGAAAGAGAACAAGAAAGUCAAGGAUGAGAACAAGAAGUUGGAGGACACGGAGAAGAGGGCGCGCUUGAUUGUCAACGAACGUCUCGACUCACUCCUAUAUGACAUUCAAGAUGUCAUGGCUGCGAAAGGAAACCCUCGCAGCGAGAAGGUGGAUCUCGAUUUGGAUGAAGCGCUCCGUGCCAAGCUCAAGACCAUCAGCGAGCAGUUCGACACGCGCGACCUGCAUUAUAGGGGCCUCCUGCGCGGCAAGGAUUCCGAGAUUCAAAGUCUCGCCUCAAAGUUUGAGGACCAGCGUCGUGCAGGUGAAGUUGAGGCCAACCGCAGCCGAGCUUUGACUUCCCAAGUUUCCACUUUCUCCCACACCGAGGCCGAGUUGCGCAGCCAGCUCAACAUCUACGUCGAAAAGUUCAAGCAGGUCGAGGACACUCUAAACAACAGCAACGAUCUUUUCCUUACGUUCCGCAAAGAGAUGGAAGAAAUGUCCAAGAAGACCAAACGCCUAGAAAAGGAGAAUCAUACUCUCAAUCGAAAGCAUGAGCAAACUAACCGCAAUAUCCUUGAAAUGGCAGAGGAACGGACCCGGAACCAUGAAGAACUUGAAAGGUGGCGCCGAAAGUGCCACCACCUAGAAGCCCUUUGCCGGCGCAUGCAAGCUCAGGGCCGAGGCGAAGGCCUUGCCCUGGCUGAAGGCGAUGAUCAUUUAGAGGGUGACGAUGAAGGUACCGAAAGCGAGUACGACGAUGACUACGAAGAUGACGAGGAGGAUAUCAGUGACGAAGAAGACCUCGAACCACCCCCAACCCGGGUUGACCAACCCUCAGAGAAGCCCGUCUUCGGACCAACUCCGCCCCCAAAUCUUUUGGAGGCUCGGGCCAAUGGCAACACUGCAGGGGUCAAUGGCUUGGUUUUCUAG